CAGAGAAGCAAAACGUCCAUUUCUACUUGAGAACAAGUCGCUGGUCCCUUCAGUCUCGGUUCCCAUCAGAGGGCUCCUGCUUCAGGCUGGUAAAUCUAAGACUAUGGCCCAGAACAUGACUCUGCUGUGGGGCUCCGGCUCUGCUCCCUGCUGGAGGGUGAUGAUCGCUCUGGAGGAGAAGAACCUGCAGGGCUACAACCACAAACUGCUCUCCUUUGAUAAAAUGGAGCACAAGUCCCAGGAGGUGUUAGAUAUAAACCCCAGAGGACAGCUUCCCUCUUUCAAACAUGGAGACAAUAUCGUGAAUGAAUCCUGUGCUGCCUGUUUUUACCUGGAGAGUCAGUUCAAGUCCCAGGGAAACAGGCUGAUCCCAGACAGCCCAGCAGAACAAGCACUGAUGUACCAACGCAUGUUUGAGGGACUUGCCUUCUACGAAAAAGUCGCCGGAGUUAUCUACUAUGAGUACUACGUCCCUGAAGAAGAGAGGCAUGACUCGGCUCUGAAGAGAAACAAAGAAGCUCUGGUCACUGAGCUGAAGCUCUGGGAGGGUUACCUGAAGAAGCUGGGCUCAGGCUCCUUCGUGGCAGGAAAGACCUUCUCACUGGCGGACGUGAUUGUCUUCCCCAAUGUUGCCCUUCUUUUCCAAUUUGGGCUGUCUGCUGAGCGUUACCCAGUACUGGGAGAGUAUUACGCUCUGCUGAAGGAUCGGCCCAGCAUCAAAGCCAGCUGGCCGUCUGAGUGGCUGGAGAACACUAAGGGAGAAGACACACUCAAGGACAUCUGAGACUCGACACACACUCGCGGUGUGGGGUGCAUGAACAAGCUUUUGUUUCAAAUCCCUGCGAGCUGACCGUUUUUUCUCUCUCUCCCUGCCUACCGUUUUUUCCCUCUCUCCCUGCCUCCCGUUUCACAAGUGUGCGGUUGCAGAAAAUGAGGCAAGACCGGCCAAAUGCUUAAGCUAAGAGUGAUAAACUGUCUAACUUUAGCUUGCUUGAUUCGAGUGCCAUCAGCUGGAUAUUUUUGAGAAAUACAAGUGUUUGCUCGCCACCCGUGUUCACACAGUGCUGGCUUUACCGUGACUGUAAAAAAUGGUCAGGUAAUUUAAUAGUCCGUGUUCUGCUGCCACCAUUUGCUGGCUAAGUAGGUAUGUAGGACGUCAAUUCUUGCUCUGUAUUGUAGCUGUAUGUUUGAGAAAUUAAAUGGUUUUGAAUUCUGUAAUCAAUGUACGGUAGAAGAUAUACCAGGAUGUGAGAGGAGGGGAGAUUCCCCUUCCACGUUAGGUUUAAGAGUCAGAAAGUUGCGUGAUGGGCCAUUCUCUUUGCCUGAGGUGGUUACAGGAAGGUGACAUUUACUGUCCAAGAAAACAUCAGAUGGUCACCAUCCUGGGAGAGGCAUGAUCAGCACAAACAUCAGGGGGUCAUUGUUUUGUGAUGAAAUGAAACAAACAUUUCAAAGACCACUUCAUGUCUUCUCCCCAUGCUGUAUGUAGUAAAGAGAUCUGAAUCAUCACACUGAGUCUAACUUUCUUCAGAGAAUGAUCAACUCUCCGCCUCAACAAGGAGAAUUUCUCUUACAUGUUCAUGUCACAAGGCAAAACACAGUGAUGAAAUCUGAUGGAAAGCUUUCAUUGUGUACAUUUUUAGAUUGAAAUGGAAUGUUUAAAGUGAUCAUAUACCAAAAAAGCUGAUCUAUAUUGCUAGAUGCAGUUUUGCAGACUGGGUGGCCUGCAGCAGCUGGUAGAACGCUCAGUACGGCCAUAAUAGACCUGAGACUUGACUUGGACAUUUGAUCGAAGACUUGUGAGCAUCUCUGACCUGUAAUUCUUCUGUUCAGAUUCUAUAAAAAUGAUUUUGCUUGAUAGUUUUUACUCUGUCAAAUAUGAUCCAGCUGUUUUAUUUUUCUGUCACUGGAGAGGAAAGGUGUUGGGAUUACCUGUGUGCUCUAAAUAGUAUAUUACUGUUGCAGCAGCAGCGAUGUGGCUCCUUCAUUUUAGCCAGACUAACUUUCAGAUUUAGUUUUAAAAUGUAUUUUUUUCAGAGGCUUGUUAUUGUCAAUUGGUUAACACAGGCAGUGCUAAACUGUGAUAAUGUAAGGAUGUUGGUUUUUAGCUGCCUGGAUUCAUGGUGUGUGUGUAUACGCAUCAUUAAAUUGUUGUCAAUGUCAUCACAUUAUGUUGCAACACCUGAUUACUAAAACAUGUGUGAGUUAGGUGCUCAAAGGUGAGUGAAAUGCUCUGUGCAAUGGUGACUUUGCAUAAAUGACAGUGUGUAUGUGUAUAUGAAUCAUUAAAUCAUCAUAUUGUCGUCAUAUUAUGUUGCAACACCUGAUGACUAAAACAUGUGUGAGUCACUAUAACAGUUUUAUUUGCUCAUUGAGUCUUCUUUUGAUAUCAGUAAUUUCAGAUUAAUAGUUUUCAGCCUGUUUGUUUUUCUCAACUACAGCGAACAUGUCAUUGUAAACCAGUAUGUUGGCUCUGAAGAUUUUCAGUCUAUGUCAAUAAAAAAGUAGGCGGUGUCUUUGAGGACAUGA